AUGAAAAUCCGAAUAGUGGAUCCAUAUCCUGUCAAUGUUUAUCAGAACGAUGAUAUCAUCUCGAAGCUUAAGGGCUACAAAAGGCCGGAGUACAAUCACAUUGAGCCGAUGUUCAGCAUUCCCGUUAUAGGUGAUGUAGAUGUUGACGAGCUACUCAAGCAUCAAAGGCUCAACAAAUCUUUGACAAGUAAAUAUGGCUUGUCAACAUCUGUUGAUGAUGCAACUGCGGUGUCCAAUGUGGGUGAUGAGCUGGAAAAUCCACUGAGGCUCUUUGUGGGGCUUGAUCGUCUUCUACCGCAUAACAAGCAAGAACAGAAAGCAACUGUGGCUCUUUUAAAAUGUCCAGCUCUACGAAAGAAUGCUAUGGAAAAAGUAUUGAACUCCAUUGUGUCUUUGCUGCCCAAGAAGGGCCUGUUUUUGUGGACAGAGUUGACCGAUGCAGACAUUGGAGAAAACAACAUAUUUAUUCGUUUUUCCAGCAUCCCAUUGGCUAAGUUGUUUUGUGGGCUGCUAGAGAAGUUCACUGAUGUCUUCCAACCUGAGGUGGUCUCAGAUGUUGAACCCGCAAGUAAUGAUACUGAAGAAGAAAAGCUUCGAGAAGUUGCCUCCAGUAUUUCAAAUAUCAUCGCUAAUAAGAACAAUUACGGAAAACUAACUGGAAAGACCGGAACAGAGGAUCUAGAUAACAUCAUGCAACAUUACAGUCAAUACAAGGUGGACAACGCUGACUUGGUCGACAUACCCACAGACAUGAAAGAUAAAAUAGUGAGAGAAAUUAUCAAAUUUCGUUCCAGAGUGUUGACUUUGGAGAAGGAUGCUAGAAAGAAGGAGCUAGAACAAGAAAGACAGAAGGCCAAGGCAAGAAUUACAAACCUCUUCGAAGACAUCAAAGAGUCCAACGUUGUUCCUGGAGAAUCGGCGAGUACAGCACAGGAUACUGCGAUGAAAGAAGAGGAAGAGGAGCAAGAUAGCGUACCCGAGGAUGAGUAUAUCAAGUUAGUCGAGGAAGAAAUGGCUAAGAAGCGCAAUGAGGCCUACCAAAGAAAACUUCAAAAGGUACAGCAUUUGGAGACGGUCGAGGUCUUUUCUCUACUCCAGCAACUCAAGGCUGCCCAAACUUAUGAAAAUAAUUUGGUGGACAACAAGUUCUCAUAUUUGGAGGACUUCAAAGCAUUUUCCGACCUCGAUGUUCCACAGAUCAAUCCUAUCCUAUCCUCGAAAUUACAAUUGUACUUCAACGAUCAUGCUGAAUACUUGAAAGUCAGAAACUUCGAGAGAUCUCAGGAAGAGCAGAACGAUAAGAUGGAUCUAGAGAAUGAGCAGAUUGAGGUGAAGGAAUCUGCUCCUGUGAUAGUUGCAACUGAAGCGCCAAAGGCAAGCGAAUCUGUUGUGUCUGAUAUUUCUAUCCUGGAGUUACCGCAGACCAAACUUGACGCACUUAAAAACAGAAUCGGAGAUCUCAUUUUGGAAUAUUUGGGUGUGAAGGAGGACCUUUUGAUUGAUUUCAUAUAUGACUUCCUCUGCGAGAACAAUUUAAGUGAGAAGGAGAAUUUGAUAUCUGAAUUGCAAGAGACUCUCGAUGAGGAUUCGGUCGUGGUUGUCGAAGAAAUCUACAAGUUUCUCAGUUAA